AUGAUCAAUCUCACACCAGCGAGAGAUGAUGAUGGUGAUGGUGAAGAUGAUGAUGAUGAUGAUGAUGAUGAUGAUGAUGAUGAUGAUGAUGAUGGUGGUGGUGGUGGUGGUGGUGGUGAUGAUGAUGAUGAUGAUGAUGAUGAUGAUGAUGCUGAUGGUGGUGGUGGUGGUGGUGAUGAUGAUGAUGAUGAUGAUGAUGAUGAUGAUGAUGGUGAUGGUGAUGAUGAUGAUGAUGAUGAUGAUGAUGAUGAUGAUGACGAUGACGAUGACAACUGCGACAAGAAGAAAAUAAUAAUUCUCUCGGGUGGGUCAUCGCUGAUCAUCACCCACGACGAAAAAUUAAUCGCACCCACAAAAAUUGGAUGA